GCUUCUGCUGAGUAGUGGAAAAGCUUCGGGGGCUCACGGGGGAGCUUAGGAUUGGACGCGGCCACCGCACCGUUCCGUGACAUUGGCGAGGGGAGGCGCGGCGCGAGAAGCGAAGCAAAGCGCUUAGCUCCCGGGUUGGAAUUCGGCGGCCGCGCGAUGGACCUGCGCGUCGCUGCCCCCGCCUCCGCGGCCGCGGCCGCGCGCCGGGGCGUGCCGGGCGGCGGAGUCGUGCGCCUCCGUGCGCUCGCCGCCGGCGGGCGCCAGCGCCGACUCUCAGUGCGGGUCUCCGUCGCGACCACCGAGGCCGCCACCGCCGCCGUCGGCGCCUCGGAGGAUGCGGACACGGAGACGAGGAACGCGAGGACGGUGGUGGCGGUCAUCCUCGGCGGCGGCGCCGGGACGAGGCUCUUCCCGCUCACCAAGCGCAGGGCCAAGCCCGCGGUGCCGAUAGGCGGCGCGUACAGGCUGAUCGACGUGCCGAUGAGCAACUGCAUUAACAGCGGGAUUAACAAGGUGUACGUCCUCACCCAGUUCAACUCGGCUUCCCUCAACCGGCACCUCUCCAGGGCCUACAAUUUCAGCAAUGGCGUUGGCUUCGGAGAUGGUUUCGUCGAGGUUCUAGCAGCGACUCAGAGGCCUGGAUUGGAGGGGAAGAGGUGGUUUCAGGGUACCGCUGACGCGGUUCGACAGUUUGAUUGGCUUUUCGAUGAUGCCAAAGCUAAAGACAUAGAGGAUGUGAUUAUUCUUUCUGGGGAUCACCUAUACCGUAUGGACUACAUGGACUUUGUUCAGUCUCAUCGGCAGAGAGAUGCAGGCAUCAGCAUCUGUUGCUUGCCUAUUGAUGACAGCCGGGCAUCUGAUUUUGGUCUAAUGAAGAUAGACGACACAGGAAGAGUUAUAUCAUUUAGUGAAAAACCAAAAGGAGAUGAUUUAAAGGCAAUGCAAGUUGACACCACUGUUCUAGGCUUAUCAAAGGAGGAAGCAGAAGAGAAACCAUACAUAGCUUCAAUGGGGGUGUAUAUAUUUAAGAAAGAGAUACUUCUAAAUCUCUUAAGAUGGCGUUUUCCCACCGCAAAUGAUUUUGGGUCUGAAAUAAUUCCCGCUGCAGCAAAAGAGAUCAAUGUAAAGGCAUAUCUUUUCAAUGAUUACUGGGAAGAUAUUGGAACUAUUAAGUCCUUCUUCGAAGCAAAUCUUGCCCUUGCUGAACAGCCUCCAAGAUUCAGCUUCUAUGAUGCUAGCAAACCAAUGUAUACAUCACGGAGAAACCUACCGCCAUCUAUGAUCAGCAGUAGCAAGAUCACUGAUUCAAUCAUUUCCCACGGAUGUUUCUUGGAUAACUGCAGGGUAGAGCACAGUGUUGUUGGAGUCCGUUCUCGAGUUGGCUCCAACGUGCACCUCAAGGAUACUGUAAUGCUUGGUGCUGAUUUCUAUGAAACCGAUGUGGAAAGAAGCGACCAGCUGGCAGAAGGAAAGGUUCCAAUUGGAAUAGGAGAGAACACGACGAUUCAAAACUGUAUCAUUGACAAGAAUGCGAGGAUAGGGAAGAAUGUGACCAUUGCUAACUCUGAGGGUGUACAGGAAGCAGACAGGACAUCAGAAGGCUUCCACAUCCGAUCUGGCAUCACAGUCGUACUGAAGAACUCGGUAAUCGCAGAUGGAUUAGUCAUAUGAACUGGAGAAAAAGGUUCCCAAUUCAGCAAGAGAAAUCAGGCAUGAGCACGUGCGGCUGGAACAGAAUAAUCGGAGGAGUUUGUUCUACUUUUCCAAUAAGAUGUGUAGCAAUUGUGAGCUGCUCCUUGUGUAUCCAUGACCAUUUUGGCUCACAAAUUUAUGUGUCUCGCCGUGAUGUUGUGAAACAGUAACAUCGUUGUAAAACAUGACACCUAUGCUGGAAAACUUCUACGUUUCAGCAUUUCAAUAUUUUUGCUUGCCGGACAAUGUGCAUUAGAAGCUUUUAUGCUA